UUGCUGCCUACUUUAAAGCUUUUUAACCCAUUUCUCCCUGAAGUUGUCUGCCUCACAGGAACAAUGAUGAACUGCUGCGCUCUGCUCACUGAAAAGAAGGAACCAGUUCCUCUGAAGAGCAUUGAUGCUCAGCUGGAGGUGAAGGACCACGUAGCUACUCUGGUCUCCACUCUGAACUAUGAGAACAAGGAGGACAAACCUCUAGAGGCUGUGUUUGUCUUCCCUCUGCCUGGAGAUGCUGCUGUGUGUCAUUUCAGUGCUCAGAUUGGAGAAACACACAUUGUAGCUGAGGUGAAGGAGAGACAGCAGGCUCAGGAGGAGUAUGAUGAUGCUCUGAGCUCCGGUCAGCAGGCCUUCCUGUUGGAGGAGAGUGAGCAGAGUCCAGAUAUCUUCUCUCUGAAGGUGGGCAGGCUGCCUCCAGGAGAGAGCGCCUCCAUCAGGCUGGAGUACGUCACUGAGCUGGCUGUGCAGGCUGAUGAUGGGCUGAGGUUCUGUCUGCCUGCUGUGCUCAACCCUCGAUACCAACCUCAGGGUAGUGAAGGUCCCAGUGUCCAGGUGACCUCAGUUCCAGCCUCUCUGGUGCCCUACAGUCUGUCCUUUUCCGCCCAAGUGUCCUCUCCUCAUCCAAUCUCUAAAAUAGAGUCCAGUUGCUCUCUGGAGCCUCUUCAGUAUCUCAACGCUGAUCAAACUCAGGCCACGGUUAAAUUGGGUGGAGGACACAAGUUUGACAGAGACAUUGAGCUACUGAUUUAUUACAAAGACGCCCACCAGCCCUCUGCUGUGGUGGAGGCAGGACAGGCCUCUGCCAAACCUGGCUCUCUGAUGGGUGACCCAGUGGUGAUGGUUAGUCUUUACCCUGAGUUCCCCCAAUCAGUGAUGUCCUCACGCGCUGCCUGCGGAGAGUUUGUGUUCUUGAUGGAUCGAUCAGGAAGUAUGGGCUGCCCCAUGAACAACAGCACACCGCAAGAAACUUGCAUUAGCAUUGCACGGGAUACUCUGCUGCUCCUGUUGAAGAGUUUACCAAUGGGCUGCUACUUCAGCAUUUAUAGUUUUGGUUCCUCCUUUGAGCACAUCUUCCCUAAGAGCGUGGAGUACAGUGAGAAGACCAUGAAGGAGGCUCUAGAAGAGGUUGAAAAGAUGGAGUCUAAUCUUGGAGGAACAGAGAUUCUUCAGCCUCUUAAACACAUUUACAGCCAAGCCUGCAUUCCCAAACAUCCUCGACAGUUGUUUGUCUUCACUGACGGAGAGGUGGGGAACACCAAAGAAGUUACUGAUCUUGUUAAGAAGAAUGCAGACUCCCACAGGUGUUUCUCUUUUGGGAUUGGAGAAGGAGCCAGCUCUGCUCUCAUCAACGGGAUGGCCAAAGACGGCGGAGGUCACGCUCAGUUCAUCACUGGGGCUGACAGGAUGCAACCAAAAGUGAUGCAGUCACUCAGGUUUGCACUGCAGCCAGCUGUGGAGGACAUUUCCGUCUCUUGGGAUUUACCAAAGGGAGUGUCCGCCACCGUUCUCUCUCCACCCAUUACAGCAAUAUUUCAGGGUCAGAGAUCGCUGAUUUAUGCUCAGCUUACAGGACCGAGUUCAGAGGAAGCCGAUGGCAGUGUGACAGUGAAGUACAGCCUGGCAGGUCAUCCCUCUCAGAACCAGCUGCACUUCAACCUCAAACCUGCAGAGGACUCUGGAUUAACAGUCCACAGGCUGGCUGCUCGCACUGUGAUUCGCUCUAUGGAGUCAGAGGAGAGGACACGAAGAAGACACCAGGAUGAAGAAAUGAAGAAGAAGGUGGUGGAGCUCAGCAUCCAAUCAGGAGUAAGCAGUUGUUUCACUGCCUUCAUUGCUGUCAACAAAGACAGCGGCCAGGCAGUUCAAGGACCGCUGGUGCGCAGAAAUGUCCCGACAGCAGCUCUGGCUUGCAACUCUCCAAGAAGAAUGGCUAGGUCUUGUUCGGCUUCACAAAGAAAUAAUAAGUUUCGUCAUGCUCCACGAGACAAUAGGUCGCUUUGUAUGGAGAGCUCUCGUAGUUACAGACAUGAAGAACCCAUUGAUUGUGAUGGUGAUUUAGAUUCCGGUAGGUCAGCACGGUCAGCCGCUGAACCACCACAGCCCCAUAAAGACCCUCUGCUGCAGCUGGUGUCCCUGCAGAAUGCGUCUGGCAGCUGGAUGCUUCAUGAAGCUCUGGCUGCUGUGCUGGGAAAAACCAAAGAGGAGGUGGAAAAGGCAAAACCAGAACUGGUCAACAAUGAAGUGUGGGCCUCCAUUCUGGCUCUGAUUUGGCUUCAUGGUUUUAAGAUGAAUGCAAAGGAGGAGUGGGAGCUUCUGGCUAUGAAGGCGGCAUCAUGGAUUAAAGCUCAGAACGCUCCAUGUGUGUCAGAGUGCGUUGAAGCUGGAAAUAAACUGUUGGGUUGCAGCAUGAAGAAAGAAGCUCUGGGGCUCUGAGGUUUUCUGUGAACAGGCUUCAGCUCUACUAUGAAAGCAGCUGAGUGGAGAAAGGAAAACACUGAAGUUAAUGAUGACCAAGAAGAAGAUGUUUAUUGUAGAUUAUAGAUGUGUUUAUUCCAAGUCUAGGAUUUUUUUUCCUUUUUACAACAUUUAAUCAUGCAUCUGUCAGUAUGGCUUGUAAUAUUUGCACUCUAUGCAUAAAACAGAAGUCAUGGAGCAUAGAGAUGCUUUUUGUUUACUACAAUCAACAUAUUUGCAAUUUAACCAGUUUUAUUGAAACAUAUAUACAGUAUAUAUAUGUAUAUAUAUAUAUAUAUAUAUAUAUAUACUCAUUUAAUUUGUGAAAAUUAAAUGAGUAAUAGAAAAUAACAGCAUACGAGAAAAUAUUCACCUUUCAGUUUUUUAAGUGAUUCUCUAAAUCCCUUCUUAGUCAAUCUGGCCCUCAGACCGGUCGACCAUUUUCUCACACUUCUUUGACAUAAACCUUUAAACUGUAUUUAACUCAAUAUCCAACCAAACAUUGUGGUAUCUGUGUAUAUUCAGAGUUUCUGUGAAGAAUUGUUUGUGAAGAGCUGUUUGGGACUCAUGCUAUUGUUCUUUACUGCAGUGGUCCCCAACCCCCGGGCCGCCCCUGGUCCCAUAAAUUUCCGAAGUCAUGCGCCCCGGUCCGCAGCAAAUAUGCGAAGUCUCGACCGGUCCGCGAUACUAAAAAGGUUGGGGACCACUGCUUUACUGUAUAUGUUCCUAAGAAGCAUUCCUAUAACUUCAUAGUGUAAGACAACACCGAUCA